ACUCCAUUUUCUUGACGUCUGUCCUUCUUCAUUUUAGAUUCCAAGGCAUUUGUGGGCUUUUCUUGACUUGUUCAGUGGUCCAAAAACAUAUAAAUGUCCCCAAAAAUCAAAACAAAAAAUCAAAUACCAACAAAUUUUAACAGCACAGAAAGCAGAAACGUUUUCGAUUUCUCUUUCCUUUCCCCUUCCCUGUUUCUUUCCCUGUUUCUUGAACAAUCAAAUCACAAAACAAUAGCCUUUUCUCUCUCUUUUUCUUUCUUUCUCUUUCUCUCUCUAGAGCUGUUGUGGAAUGGCAAAGAAGAGAGAAGGGGAGGGGGGUUUGUACUGGGAUGGGGUCAUAGAGGGUAUGCCUCUGUUUGCGAAGGAGUUGAUUGCAGGAGGUGUGGCUGGUGGGUUUGCAAAGACUGUCGUGGCACCCCUUGAACGUGUCAAGAUCUUGUUUCAGACCAGAAGAGCAGAAUUUCAUAGUGUAGGGUUAUUGGGAUCAUUUAAGAAGAUUGCAAGAACAGAAGGUGUGCUUGGCUUUUACAGAGGGAAUGGAGCUAGUGUCGCUCGAAUUGUUCCUUAUGCAGCAUUGCAUUUUAUGGCUUAUGAGCAAUAUCGUCGAUGGAUUAUAGAAAAUUUCCCCGGUGUUGGAAGGGGCCCCGUCCUUGAUCUUGUGGCAGGAUCAUUUGCUGGAGGAACUGCUGUGCUGUUUACUUAUCCGCUUGAUUUAGUUCGGACUAAGUUGGCAUACCAGGUUGUGGGACCAUCAAAGUUAAAUGUUAAAGGGCUAGUUCAUAGUGACCAAGUUUAUAGAGGAAUUGUGGAUUGUUUUUCAAAGACCUACAAGGAGUCCGGGAUAAGAGGCCUCUAUCGUGGUGUGGCUCCAUCACUCUAUGGAAUCUUUCCUUACUCUGGUUUGAAGUUUUACUUCUAUGAGGAAAUGAAAGGCUGUGUCCCCGAGAAACACAAGAAAGAUAUCACAGUGAAACUAGUAUGUGGAUCUGUCGCAGGUUUAUUGGGUCAGACUUUCACAUACCCACUUGAUGUUGUUAGGCGGCAAAUGCAGGUCCAAAGACUCUCAGCAUCUAAUAGUGGAGACAUGAAAGGGACAAUGGAAAGCCUUGUUAUGAUUGUCCAAAGGCAAGGAUGGAAGCAAUUGUUUUCAGGGCUCAGCAUCAACUACAUUAAGGUUGCACCAUCAGUUGCAAUAGGCUUUACUGUAUAUGAUGUAAUGAAAUCGUACCUGAGAGUUCCGUCAAGAGAUGAAGCUAUUAUAGAGGUGGUAACGAACAACAGAAAUAGCCAACCGUCGUCCCUGCACUCGUAGUAACAUUCAAACUCAACCAACACCACUCAUUUUUACCCAGUUAUUGUUGCCUUCUCCAUUGCUCCUUCAAGUCUAUUCUACCUUUGAGGCCAUUCAAUAAUGUGUAUACCAUUUAUUCAAGCUUUAACAUAGCAUCAUGAACUCUCUCUCUCUCUCUCUCUCUCUGUCCAAUGGGUAUCCUCUGAUAGUUCCACCAUGUGUUUCAAACAUGACAGGAGCAAUUACAGUUUGUACAUAUGAAGUUGUAAGACCAGUUCAUAAUAAAUGAAGCUACUUGAAAAAGCA